UCCUCCUCUCCUCCUCUCCUCCUCCUUCUUCUCCUCCUCCUUCCUCUCCUCCUCUCCAGCUGAUCUUCCAAUCUUCCUAACUUGGUCAUGUUCUUCGUUCAGCGGCCAAACACUCUGGAGCUUUAAACAUCCAUCACACACACACUCACACACACACACACUCACACACACACACACACUCUCACACACACACACUCUCACACACACACACACACACACACACUCUCUCACACACACACUCUCUCACACACACACACUCUCUCUGGUCUUCACUGUUCCUGUUUCAGCUCCACUCCCUCAGACCGACGUCGUCAUGGCUCGCUGCAGGAGUUACUUACGAGGACUCGCCGUCUGCGUCACCGUGUUGCUGCUGGCGUCCGGCAUGGUGAUGAUCGGCGUCGGAUUCUCCUCCAUCGACGGCAACACGCCGGUUGCUGUGCUGUUCGACCAGUUGUCCAGCAGCGACGGUUUACUGGUCCUGCAGGUGUUCGGUCCGAUCACUGUGCUUCUGUCAGUUCUGGGCGUCUGUGCUGCGUCUGUGGACCUGAAGCCUCUGCUGCUGGUGUUCUCGUCUCUCGUCUUCGUGGAGUUCGUGGCUCUGAUGGUUGUCGCGUCGCCACUGGUUCAGGUUCAAGCUCAGAUGGACGGCGCCGUGGACGAGGUGUUCCUGAACGUGACUCCUCUCCACAGAGCAGAGCGAUACAUCCAGAGUGAACUGAACAAACUCCAGGCUUCAGAUUCCUGUUGUGGUUUGAAGAGUUUCGAAGACUGGGAGAAUCAACUUCCUGUCUCCUGCCUCUGCACGCCGAGCUCUCGGCCUGGUAACUGGAGCUCAGAGUUCAGGCCCUGUGUGACGGUCGGCAGUGACCUUUACCCUCCGACCCCUCAGGUCACAGACACGUGGGUUCACUCGGAGCCCUGCGGUCCGAUCCUGAAGAGCUACCUGAGCUUCCCCAUCAAACUCCGGAUAGGAAUCAUUUCAGCGUUUGCCACAAUCGCGAUGGCGGCGAUCGCUCUGUGUCUGACUCUGGGCCUGGAGGAUUAUUGGAAGACGCCUCCAGUGGAAACCACGGUGGACGACUACAACAGAGUCAAGUACCAACCCAAACCCUCCCUCACCUGACGCCGAGGCCCCUCCCCCGACAGCCAGGCGUCAGUCAAACCACGUGACCCAGGUUUUUCCUGGAAUUUGAAAAUAGUGACUCACAUCUGGAUGUUUUGUAAUCAGACCACACAAAGACACAAACCGCCGCACGUUCAUUCUCUCUGUCGGAGGCAGAAACAAAAUGGAGGCGUGGAAGGUUCGAUGCCCAGGAGGUUUUUUGUCAACACUCGACCUCCUGCGUUUUCCUUUCGACUGAAACAAGUCGAGCAUUAGUCACAGAGUUUGACACUGGUGAAGAAGAAGUCGGACGGUUCUCAUCCCAGACGUUUAAAAGAACUUGACCCAGUCGUGACGUUCAUGUGAUUCCUGUUGCCGAGCAGCUGAAGUGACCUCCAGUGACCUGCACGUCUAAACUUCAGGGACAAGAGCUUCAAUCUAAAUAAAGAGAAACAGCUGUUUGUGAUCAAA